CGCCAACGAUGGCAUUCUGGCCUGCCAUGGCGUCAUACUCAGCGGCUGAUGCAAUUGGACAACACCACCCCAAACCUCCCAAUCGCAUCACUUUGCAUUUGUCAUUUGUCCAAAACCCGAAUGAUGCAAUUCUCCGUUUCAAACUGCGACUGGAAUGUCCGAUCAUACGGCCCGCGCCGUUUAUUUGCACCAACGGCAAUGGACAUCAUUCUGGGCGCCCCUACAUAUGUAGCAUCCAGAUUGCUGUCGUGCUCUCAUAUUCACCAACUGCUUUGUUUUAGCCAUGAUAAUUUAAUAAAGGGUUUCUUUUGAAGCUGAAUUCAUGCAAGAUGUCUAGCAAAAUCCCUGAUGACCGGGUGUCUCUGCUAGCAGACGCAUCUAGCGACCUCUCAUACUCAACAAUAAACGACGAUGCCGUCACCCCCAAUGACGCCCCCAAACGAUCCAUCGAAGACGAUGUUCUACCAGAGACUUCACCACUUGGCCGAACUCUCGGCUGGAACAGCGCCUAUAUUCUCGUCAUCUCUAGAAUUAUCGGAAGCGGCAUCUUUGCCACACCAGGCACCAUCCUCCAAGCAGUCGGCAGCCCUGGGCUUUCCCUACUCCUCUGGGUAGCAGGCGCCUUGAUUGCCGCCGCAGGACUAGCUAUAUUCUUGGAGUAUGGAUCUAUGCUGCCUCGAUCCGGCGGACACAAGGUCUAUCUAGAGUACACGUUCCGCCGGCCACGCUUUCUCGCGUCGACAGUCGUGGCCAUCAACGCUGUAUUCCUCGGCUUCACAGCCAGCAACUGUGUCAUAUUCAGCCAGUACUCUCUUUUUGCCCUGGGAUAUACAGGCAAAGGGGAUGCCGUGGAGAAGUGGGUUGCAGUCGCCUUGCUUACGCUAGUGACUGCUAUCCACGCCGUAACGCCAAAGUUCGGCAUCAGGCUCCAGAAUUUCCUGGGCUGGGUGAAAAUCGGCAUCGUGGUUUUAAUGAUUCUCUGCGGCCUUUAUGUUGUCAUCUUUCGACCUGAUACGGGUAGCGGCGCGCCGGCGGAUGUACAGGACCUAUUUACUUGGGAUCGACUGUGGCAGGAUAGUAACUGGAACUGGGGCAUUGUGACAACAGCGCUGUUCAAGGUAUUUUAUUCAUAUGCUGGGCUCGAAAAUAUCAACAACGUUCUGGACGAAGUCAAGGAUCCGGUACGGACUCUACGCUCAGUGACUAUGACGGCGCUGGUGACGACAUGCGUCAUGUACACUCUCGUCAAUGUGGCCUACUUUCUCGUUGUUCCGCUAGAUGAGCUUCGCGGUAGUGGCGAGUUAAUCGCAGCUUUAUUUUUCAAGCGCAUAUUUGGUCCAGGCUUAGGUGGCCGAGUACUGCCGCUGGCUGUUGCACUCUCAGCUUUUGGUAAUGUCAUGGUUGUUGUUUUUGCAAUGGCACGCUUAAAACACGAAAUUGCACGACAAGGGUUUCUCCCUUUCUCUGACCUACUCUCCUCUACUAAGCCAUUCAACUCGCCGCUGGGUGGGCUCCUUGUCAACUAUGUCCCGUCUUUUCUUAUCAUCGUGUUGCCGCCUUCGAGCAAGACAUAUUCCUUCAUCCUCGAUGUUGAAGGCUACACGGGGCAAAUUACCGGCCUUGCCAUUGCCUUGGGCCUAAUUUGGCUCCGAUAUAAGCGGCCAGACCUGAAGCGUCCCUAUAAAGCCUGGUUAUCCGCAGUGAUAGUCAAGAUCGCACUGAGCCUUGCGCUGUUAGUCGCGCCUUUCGUGCCGCCGAAAGAAAAGUAUACCGACGGGCUAUUUUAUGCUACAUAUGCCAUAGUUGGUGCCUCUACUAUUGCGCUCAGUGUACUUUACUGGUCUAUAUGGACGGUAGCGAUUCCGAAAUGGGGGCGAUAUAGUCUGGAAGAGGACGAGACAGUAUUGCCUGAUGGGACUACCAUAACAAAGCUCAUUCACACGCCACUAAAAUAA